ACACAGUCUCUCUCUCUCCUUUCUCUCUCUCUCUCUCUCUCUCUCUCUCAUGGCGUCCACGGCGAUCCUCUCGUCUUCUUCCUCGCCGCUCUCUCUGGGGAGCAGCAGAGCUCGGGGUCCCUGCGCCUCCCUCGCCUUCCUCACGGGCUCGGGAAGGAACGACGGCGCCCCUCCUCCUUCCGUGAGCUUCGCGAGGGCCGCGGCUCCCUCGCCUCUGCUUCGCUGCUCGUUCUUACCCUCCUCGCCUUCUUCCCUCUCUUCCCCAAACUCCUUCUCUGGUUCGUCCUUGACUUUGAACUUUAACUUUCCUGUUGGAACCACCACGGAGAAACGCCGUGGCCUGGUGGUGAGAGCUGGGAAGGCUGCACUUUGCCAAACAAAAAGGAACAGGUCGAGGAAAUCUCUGGCUCGGACCCAUGGCUUUCGCAGGAGGAUGAGAACUACGAGCGGAAGAGCAAUUUUGAAGCGCAGACGUGCCAAGGGACGAUGGGUCCUUUGCACCAAGUCAAAUUCGAAUAGCGGCAAACGUUCUUGAUUGUUGUUUGAUCAUUUACAAGAGCAUUCACAGCUCCUUUCUCCACCCAAUCUAUGCUAUCCGGGACGUCGGUGACAUUAGAACGCAGGAACGACAUCGUCCCGGGGGAAUUUCUACGAGUCAGCUACAGUGACAAUUCGGUAUGAAUCGUGAGGAAUUCCUCGGCGGUUAGGUCCAAAAACGCGUUCAAACCCAACUUGAAAGUGCGAUUCCUGAUUUGAUUGAAAUCUUCGAUGAAUCGCAAAUUGUCUACAAAUAUCUCGAAACGAUUGCCCUUUUCUUAAUUAAUUGACUGUUAUAUUUAUUUCGUUGUUAUUACAAUUAUAUAUCGAGUUUGAACCUAUAGUGUUGGAAAACCAAUGAAAUGAAAGCCUACAAGCUUGAACCC